AACAAGCACGCCGAUUGGCUCGUGUUACCCGUCACUCAUGUGCAUGACUUGCGCUGUGAUUGGUGGAAGCGUGGAGGCCGUGGCCCCGCUGGUCUGACGGGGUAAAGAUGUCCACCGAGCUGGACGGGAAGAAGCUGGUGCGGUCCCCAAGCGGGCUCCGCAUGCUCCCGGAGAACCGCGCCUUCAGCAGCCCCUUCUGUCUGGAGGAACCACACUGGGUGCCGGAUAAAGAGUGCCCGCGGUGUAUGAAUUGUGACGCAAAGUUUGACUUCAUCACCAGGAAGCACCACUGCCGGCGAUGCGGGAAAUGCUUCUGCGACAAGUGCUGCAGCAAGAAGGUGCCUCUGCCGCGCAUGUGCUUCGUGGACCCGGUGCGGCAGUGCGGGGAGUGCUCGCUCGUUUCGCAGAAGGAGAUGGAGUUCUACGACCGGCAGCUGAAGGUGCUGAUGAACGGUGCCGCUUUCUCCAUCACCCGGGGGUCUGCGAAGUCAGAGGCCGUGGUCUGCCGACUUUCCAAUAACCACAGGUAUCUGUUUCUGGACGGCGAAAGCCAUUACGAAAUCGAAGUCGCGCGGAUUUCGGCGGUUCAGAUCCUGACGGAAGGAUUUACCCCUGGAGACGUUCACACUUACACCAGCCUGCUGGAGAGCCAGUUCAUUACCGAAGGCGGGAACAGUCGGGCCGUCGGCAUGCUGCUGCAGUACAAGAGCCCGGCUUCCGACGAUCUGACGCAGAUGAAGUUUACCACGAGCGACGACUCCAACAGCAACAAAAAGAUGGCGGCGGCGUGGCUGGCAGCGAUGCACAAGGCAGCGAAACUCCUGUACGAGUCCCGGGACCAGUGACCGAAGCCGCGCGCCGGCGGGGAGAGGCGACCGCUGCAAAGUUUUAUUUGUAACUGUCCUCGGACCGCGUCUGAUUCCUCCUUCCAUCCGGUAUCUCGAGCCGCCGCUGGAAUUUUUUUUUUUUUUUUUUAUAUAGCCAGAAUUAUCCUCCCGACUUGUGCAAUACGUAUACCGUCUAAUAACGCUUUAUUAUUACGCUCAAGCAAAGCCGCGCCGGCCCCGGUACGGCGGCUCAGAUAGCACAGAAUACCACAAGUUCACUUAUUCCUUUUGAGGAGUUUAUAUAGUAGAAUCUCAGGUUCAUUUUGGGGGAAAUAAAUUGCUAAAGCACUAUGUUAAAUGUUAAGCUUCUUGUUUGGGGGUGGUAGAGGGGUCAGCGAUACGUUAACCAUUCGCAGGCCACAAGUAGAAAUGUAAUGUGGUGACGGAUUGGGUCGUCGGACCGGCAGCAGUUUAAGGAGCCAGUAAGGGUUGACGGGGAAGUUUUGUAGGCAAUAGGGCACAUGAACUCUUUCUGUGCCAGAGGGGUGAGAAACACAUUGCUAAGCUCAGUCACUUUAUAUAACUUUAAUAUAUUCUUUGAGAGAUUUUACGUAUUGGUUCCGUAGGGAGCACUGCUUUAUUAAUCUAUAUUAUCUGGAGAUUUUGUACAGUCUAAUGUUUACCUAAUAAAAAGACGAAGUCCUCA